AUGCGGCUCUCUUCAGGCCGUCCCGGCGCGGCCGAAGAGUUCCUCGACUCCAUUCUUCCAGCCAAAGUCUUACUCGUAUCAGCUCGAGUCCAGGUCUACUCCGAGGAUAUCCAGGAGGCCGUCCGCCAUGCACAAACCUCCCCCAUGGAUGCCGAGUUUUCCACCCAAUCUCUGGAAACCAAUACUCCUCGACCAAUAUGUCGAUUUCGACCUUAUUCGCGCCAAACACCUAUGCAACAGAACCAGAGAGACCUGUCGAGUUGGUCCUCGGCGAGACCGGCUUCGAUGUUCAGGUUCGGAAAUCUAAAGUGGUCGCCACCAUCACCACAGCUGGUCAAUGGAACACAGCGUUUUGGAUCUAUUCCGAGGCAGUCAACAGCGCCUUUCAAGGACGAGCAGUUGAACUCCAAACCUAUCACCGUCUCAUCAAUGCAGCUUUCGCCAGUACUCACGACAUCUACCAUGGUCGUGUCCUCCAAAUACGAUCGCGCCCUCCGUGUCUACAUCGGCCAGACCCGACGGUUGUUGCUCGAUGACGCUGGAACUCUACACGAGAUCAGACAUGCGCACCUGGCCGAAACGGGAUUGCACGUCACCCAAACAAUUGAGCGGCACCAGCUCAGCACGCGCGACCGCUCGUCCAACACCUCGCACACUGUCGCUACCGCCACGCCUGCCUCGAGUGUCACGGGAAUCAUCCAGCGGAAGAGUGCCCGGACAGGCUUAACCGGCGCGCUUGAAAGUAAUCGUGACGCGCUCCUGCAUCGCCUUGCGUUAGAGCAGUCGGAAAGCGACAAUGACGGGGUGGCCUGCUACCUCCCGCAGUUUAUGCGAGGAAUGGGCUGGAAGGAGUUUGAGCAAGUGUCGUACAGCCGAACUGCCCGAUACACUGAGUUCGAUGAACCACUUCCUCGCCCAUCCCCGAGCGAAUUCUCCAAUGAGUUGGCCAUGCGCACCAUCUUGGAGAAUCCCGACCUAUUCCAAGUCCCUCAAGUCAUCCGUGUCGACCGCCUUGAAGCCAUGCUGGAUCAUCAUCCCAACCAACCAUUCAUUCAUUCUGUCUUGACUGGCCUCCGUGAGGGUUUCUGGCCUUGGGUUAACACGCACCAUGACGCUGGAUACCCGUCUACCUGGGACAACUCCUGGGCUCCACCACCGUCCGAACGCGAACGCGACUUCAUCACAAAUCAGCGCGCUGGGGGCCCCCGAGCUAUGAUUACUGCCAUCAUUCCGUCCAGGCAACCCGUUCGGGAAGCCUGGUCGCAUGAGCGUUUUGAACGCGAACUUGCUAUCGCUCUCAACGCCUCGGUCGACAUUUCAACCACCCAAACUUACGGGUCGGCACUCAAUUCUUGGAUCGAGUUCUGCCGCAUCAACCAUUUCUCCAUCAGGAAAUUUGCGCGACCCUGA